AUGGCCGCUGCGUUUAGACCAGUAAACUCACCGCUGCCUGGUGCCGACGUUAAGAUGGACGACAAGAUGACGACGUCACCAACAACGCCGAAACCAAACACCGCGGUGCUUCCGCGGACACCACAGCCCUUGGCCGAAGACGUGAAGACGCCUACGAAAGCGACCUUCAGCAGUGGCAACGGCACUAUCGGUUUGGCAUCCCAGAAGCCACUGCCGAGCUCUCCAUUUCCCCAGGCCGUUCAGGUUCCCGAGAGUGCCGAGAAGGUCAAGACCCCGACAAGAGCGAACUCGCAACAUUCUAGGAGAUCGAGGGACUCGGAAGAUGUGGACAUGGACGACUCUGACGGCGACGGUGACGAUGGAUCUGACGAUGAUAGUGUAAAUGCCGACGGUACCAGAUCAAACAAGAAGAAGAAAUCACAGCGCUUCUACUGCACCGAUUAUCCGCCAUGCAACUUGAGCUUUACUCGAAGCGAGCAUCUAGCCAGGCACAUUCGGAAACACACCGGCGAAAGACCUUUUCAGUGUCAUUGUUCGCGCCGUUUCUCCCGUCUCGAUAACCUGCGACAACACGCACAGACGGUGCACGUCAAUGAGGACAUCCCCAUAGAUUCCUUAGCUGCGACGGGUGCUAGAUUCCAGAGGCAGAUGCGCACCGAGCGUGUGCGUCAGCAGGGUGGCAGGGCCCGCGCUUCAACGGCUGGCAGCGCGCCUGCUCCUGUUAGAGGUCACUCCAAGUCGUUGUCAACUAGCAGCAUCGCUAGUGUCGGCUCCAUCGGCUCUGCUUUUGGACCUCGCGAUGAUAUUCGACGACGCCCUCCGCCCCUCGUCAUGGCGACCGACCCCCGUUCGCGCCUAUCACUCGAAUCGUACAGAAGCGCUGGAGACGGACCUUACGGCUAUCGCCCUGUCUCCCCGACUGACUACAGCACGCCGACGUCAGCGACGUUCUCCACUGGUCAGAGUAGUCCGCGCUGGGGAUCGGGAAUCGCUUCUCCCACCACCACGCACUCCCGAUCCCACAGCAUGUACUCUUCGGGCUCGAGGACUCCCGGUCGGCGACUCAGCGUGCCGUCCGGAGUCAACCCGUUCCAGUCACCACACGGCGCACCUGUCAAUAGAAUCGUGUACGGCAACGGGCCGGCCAACACCUCCAAUAUGGGUGCUUUCUCCCCCACCCCAAGCAGUCAUCUGGCAUCGCCGACAACGCCGACAUCUGGAUGGUCCGGCAGACGGGACUCGAACUCGUCUGCAGCAGACGAAGCCUGGCGCAGGCGGACUUGGCACCCUGAUACGAGGACCUUCAGUACCAACACCAGCCACCUGAGCAACGUACUAACGCCCGGUCAAAUUCAACCGAACCCCGCACCGCCCAUCGCCAAUGCUCCCAACCCACAACAGACGCUUCGAUUGCCUGGCAUUGAAUCCUUUGAUCCUCUGCCGUCAAGACAGCUGUCUCCUCCCAGACGGAUUCCGUCACCGAUGAUGGUUGACGCUGAGAGUGCCCACCGUCGCCCCAUGCUGCCUGGUACCGACGCUGUGGCCGAGGAACGACGGAAUGUUGCCCAGUGGGACAUGAGUUUGCACCGCGGCCUGACAAGACUGGACAUUGCCUCGAACACAACACCGCCUCGCGACAGCGCUGGUGCGUGGGCAAAGGAGGUGAACCAGGCCGUGCAGGCGCAAGCGGAGCAAGUCCGCUUAAACCCGCCGAUUGUGAGGUUCGAGGUUGACCCGCCGUCUUAUGCCAACUCGGGUGCUUUCACUCGCAAUCACCAGCACACAAUGUCAGCGCCCUCCUUUGCACACCGAGAUACCAAACGCCACGGAUGGUAUCACGGGCCGGUCGGUAGCAACGUUCACGGGCCUCGCCCGGAAGCGCCAAGCCAGGACCCUCGCGGACCCCACGUCAACCGGAUGGUCCAUCCCAACAUGGGUCAUUUUGCCGGAUUUCCUGGGCGGCAGCCUGAGCCACAGCAAGCCCAGCAGCAACAACCUGGCAAUCCUGACCCCCUGAGACGGCUGGAAGCGCUGGUGGCUGUUGCUACGAGUGAGGGAACCACCGCCACCGCUUACUGA